UGUCUCGCUGUCCACGCUGUCUCGUCUGUCGGUUAUUCGAAUUUUGUCAGUUAACUUUUGCGUUUUCUCACUCGUGGUUGUGAAAACCGUGCGGCUUUCUUGUCUAGCGUAAACCGCUCGCGUUAUCAUUCUAUUUUAACUUUCAAGUACUCUUCAUAAUUUGUGCGCGGCAAAGAGGACAUCGUAGAAAUGUUCUAGAUACUAGUUGUCCUGACAACAACCUGUAACCCAGACCCAGAGGCGUGACUAUGAUUCACAUCCCUUUAUCUUGUGUUUACUCGAAAUGCGUGUGUGAUAUCUUCAUUUUUUUGCGACGAAACCUUCAUUGAUACUCAGAGGUUUUAACUGUGUGGUUUCAGCACUGUGCUGAGUUUAGUUUUCACGUGCGAUAGCUCUUAUCACGAAAGUGAACAUGUGGGAUCCUUUUGGUGUCGUUGCCUUCUUUGAGAAUCUCUCGCAGCUUACCGGAAUACAGAUUGACCAGAUAACGUUUAUAACUGUACAGAUAACAGCUCUAACGAUAGCCCCAACAUUCCAGUCGCUUCUUCAUCCGUCGAAAGCGAGUCCAGCCCUUAGGCAAAUCGUAAGCCUUGUUCUGGGCGUGAUCUUUGCCUCCACAUGUUUCGGAAGGCAGCUCCUUCACCUGUUUUUCCUUUCAACUGUUUCCUAUGUUUUAUUAAAGACUGUCAAUCCAUUAAGAGUACAAUGGAUCACUCUUAUAGUUACCCUUUCUUACUUAUCGCUCAUGCAUUUGUACAGAUUAUUUUUUGAAUAUGCAUCAUAUAGUUUAGAUAUUACAGGACCACUCAUGGUUGCUGUUCAAAAAUUAACUAGUCUUGCCUUUAUUUUACACGAUAACAUUCAUAUCAAGAAAAACGUGUCUGACAGUAACAAUCACAUCAAGAAAAAUGGUUCCGAAAGUAACAAUCACAUCAAGAAAAAUGGUUCCGAAAAUAACAAUCUUAUCAAGAAAAAUGGUUCCGAAAGUAACAAAGUUACUUGUAAAAUCACAUCUGUUCCAUCUUUACUAGAAUUCUAUGGUUAUAUGUUCAAUUUUCAAACCCUUAUGGUAGGACCUCUAGUUUUUUUCGAUGACCACAUGGAAUGGGUGAAUGGAGAAAAUUUUACAAAGCACAAAUUGCAGGCAAACGGAAGUUCCACUAAAAACGGAUCUGUUCCAAGUCCUUUUCAGGCUGUUCUCAAAAAAGUUACAGCAAGUGCUGCUUUUGGUUUGCUGUAUGUUAGUUUAAUUUCCAAGUUUCCUAUCUCAAAACUGAGAGAUGAUGACUUUGUCGAAAAGUGGUCACUCCUUAGUCAAAUUCUCUACCUUCAUAUUAGCACAACCUUGGUGCGGUUUAUGUAUUACAAUGCCUGGCUUUUGACAGACGCAGUCUGCAAUGCGUCUGGUCUUGGCUUCAACGGCUACGAUGAGCAUGGCGUCUCACGUUGGGAUCUAGUCACGAAUGUCAACAUUCCAAAGUUUGAGUUUGGUGUCAACUUUAAAGAGACAAUUGAUGGUUGGAACAUGGGCACCAACAGAUGGCUCCGGUUGAUCGUGUACAAUCGAACAAAAAAAUUCAGCACUGCUCUAACAUUUGCGUUAUCUGCUCUUUGGCAUGGGUUUUACCCUGGCUACUACCUAACCUUCGCCAAUGGAGCUCUCUUUAUCUCAGCUGCUAGAGCGGUUCGCCGAAAAAUCAGACCAUAUUUCCAAAGCAGUUCAUCGCAUAAAUUAUUCUAUGACCUUGCAACUACUGUUGUCUCCCGAGUUGCAAUGGCGUAUAUCGUGUUUCCGUUCGUGCUUCUCGAGUUUGGACUCAGCAUGCGUAUUUAUUUUCAUCAGUAUUUCUGGAUGCACAUCCUGGCAAUUUCCGCUGUGUUCCUGUUACCUCAUUUCCCUUCAAGUGGACCCGAGGCGCAAACUUUUGCAGCAAGGUUGACAUUGACUCAGUCAAGUAAUAACCUGGUUACGACAAGCAUUCACGGGUAGCAAAUGCUUCAGACCUAACACCUUGUUUUUUUCUUUAUUUUCUGUUUCCAAUGUGUAACAGAACUAUUAUUUAUGAUUUGAAAGUCUCAAUCAUUUGUGGAGAGAACCAGAAACUUGGCACCGCACUCAACUCAGGACGAAUGAGUCACAGCGUGGGUUGAUUUCUUGUUCAAUGGUUGAAUCUUAACCAUGAAAAAUGAACGAAACGAUCAACCGAGUAUAGACAUGGCCGCUGCCAAGACGUUCUAACUCAUAUUUCCUCCAGGUUGUGCAAUACAUGUAAGAAUGCACUCUAUGCUUUGUGCCAGCGGUGAGGAAAGCACCAACCAAGAUUGGGCCUCAUUUUGCUUUCUUUUUGCCUAAAUUUCACUAAAGUAUAGGUUUUGUGUAGCCCCACUGACUGAGAAAAAUUAGAAUAUAUUUUACAAUUAGGAACUACGAUUUUGACUCAGUUUAGAAGAAAAAAUAUGUACCAUUAGCGUCCCUAUAUAUGUAAGUGUUUUUACAGAUGAGAUAGAAAUUGUAGCUCCUAAUUGCAAAAUGAAGUCUGACCGAUCUCUCCGUUGCUGAUCAUUGUACUGGUAGUUUAGCCUUUGCCAACGAGUGCCAACCAAAUCCACCAGUAUUGUAGCUAACAUGUUGAAGAGCAUUCAAGUGCGUUUAUUAGCAAAAAGCAAAACCUAGAUGAACAAAUGGAAUAAAGCUUAAUCCAUUUUUGAAAACGAUUGAGGUAAAAAUGUGCAAAGACAAGGCUCAAUGGGUUACAGAAAAAGCCCUUUAUGUUUUGAAAAAAAUUUAGCUCCUGCUACUUCAUAAAUACAGACGGUUAAGUGCAAAUCUUUUUUUCUAGCGGUGACUCUAGGCUCAAAGUAUUGUUUUUACUUUGUUAGGAGUUAGUUCCUGUGAACCAAAAUUGACACAGGAAUUAAUUCUUGUUUUUACUUUUUGAUUACGUUUAUGAUGAAUGGACCGGAAAAUUUAGAAAAAUUCCCCAGAAUUGUGUGCGGAAAAAUGAACUCAGCUCAUCAACCCUUUACUCAUUUUUCAACACACAAUAAAGAAUGUUACACUUAUUUUAGUCCAUCUUGAAAUCUUUAAGAGUUCACACCGUACUUAAGAAACUAAUUACCUGAAACAAAAAGUCAAAUUAAAUUGAUUUUGUUGAGGUCUUCUUGUUAAUUGUUCUACCAAGUGCCUUCUGUGAGUUACAAAGUAUCAAAACGUUUAUUUCGUUAUAUGAAUUCGUUAUAUGAAUAUUUUUUUAGUUGCGCUGCUUAAAGCAUACAGUUUUCUUUAAUGAUGCAUUGAUGGUGAAGGCAAAAGUGAUGCUCAAAAUAAGCCCUUGAGUCACAACAUUCAUACUUGUAUUUUGAACUCUUAGCAUACUUUUGCGGUGAUUGGCAGCUCUGGUCAUUACAGACAAAAAGUUGAAUUGAAACUGUCAAAGAUCAAGGCAAGGAGACACUUGAGUCAAGCUGACUUGGUAUUGGAGCAUGAAAAAAGAAAUCAUGCAUAUCAACCAUUAUCGUAAUACGUAUAUGUUUCUGACAGUAUUUGAUUACUGUCAGCUUCAAAUUUGCUCACUAGUAGGAUAACUCUAUUUUCACUCAUUGUAUAUUUUGCUCACUUGUUCUAGAUGACUAAGAACAUUGACGGAAAACUAUUGCUUUAUUUUGUCGAAGGUGCCUUACUAUUGAAUCUCUCAGUUCAAAAACGAUCCGUUCCAGAAAAAUAAAAUUUCUCAGGAGACUAUAAAAACUACAUAACAGCCAGAAAAGAACAGUUUCUACGCAAAAAAUGGGCAUUAUAAAAAAAACCGAGUUGGGUUGUUUUCGAACUGAAAGAUUCGAUUAAGCUGCUGAGUGUGAAAAUAGCAUCUCUCAUUUGUGGUGUUGCAGCAUCUCUCCCAACAUUUUAUUCAUUUUAUAAAAAGUGAAGAGGUGCUUCUAAUUGAAAUUUUUACUGAAUAUUCUUCAUGAUUCUACAAUGUUCCAUAGGAAAAAUACUGGAAAAAUCACCCAUUGAUUUCUCCUCCAAGACAUAAAGGGGGCAGAGAUUCUAAAACACCGCAGCUGACAAGUCCUCUUCUCCCAUCCAGCGUCUUAAUUUUUUUUAAGAAAAAUAUAUAAUACUGAAGAUUGAAUCGACCCAAAAACAGAUAAAAACUUUAUUCAUCAAUAGUUUUACUUUGACUAAACUCAGUCCUAAACUAUUUCGCACAGUGGCACUGAUAUUUUUUGUAUUCCUGUGUUAAAAAAUUAUUCUUCGAACUUGAUCUCUGGUACCCGUUUUAUAUGUCACAAAUUGCUAGUCUCUGCCCCCAAAGGCGUAUCAGCAUAUCAAUAUCGUAAAAAUUCUCCGAAUGCAUUAUUUUUUUAACAAAACGUUGUUGAAUCUUUUAUUUUGUGGGUUUUUAAGAUUUCCUGAUCAAUGCAAGGAAAAUUUCAUGAAUUCCUAGUCUUAUUGGAACAAGAGUACACCCUCGAAUGAAUAGAUUUGUUGCAAGUAUGUUAAGACAUUUCAAUGCCAGUACAAUCAAAUGCACAGCGGUCGUUGGAAAACAAAUAAGCGGAUAAUAAAUAAAUAAUAAUAACAGCAGAUCCUUAAAAAUAUCAGCUAUUAGUCUUACCAUUGAGUAUAGUAAAUGAAAAUCGGGCACAUGGAAAAAUUGUGUCUGCAGGGACAAUUGAAAUGAAACAUUAAGGGUCAUUUUGAAACAAAGCAAUAGAUUUCUGCCUUCAUAAAGCAAUUCAGUUGUGAGCUUGAAUCUCUUGUCAAACAGUAAAAUGCGAGGGUGUCUGCAGGUCUGGAAAACCAGGAAUGAUCAGGGAAAUGUACCAGGUCAUCAAUAUCAGGGAAAAGUCAGGGAUUAUCAGAAAUUUGAAGAGUUUUGAAACUUGGAAAAACAUCAGCGCUGUCCACACAAUCGACUUAAGUCUGAAACUAGUUCAGAGUCCAAUGCUUCAAGCUUCACGCUAGAUAGUGAAUAGAGAAAUAAUUUUCAUUAAGGGAUCGCAGCUUUAGUCAGUCGAAUGAUUAUCUUCUGAAAAAAAGGGUCACAUGCUUUUGUUAUCUGCCGUGAAAAUAAUUAAAAGAAUUUCAUUUCAUUUCAGCUCUAUGUGUGCAAAUUGUUGUUGUGAAAAGUCAGAGAAUGAUUAUCUCUCAUCUGUAGACACCCUGAAUGUACAAACCGUAUUACUUUUUUCCUCUCUUUUUUUAGAUUAUUAUGUACAUUUUAUGCCCUGAAUCAAUUUGCAUUCCUAUAGCUUCCUCAAAUCCAUCAAAAUUAUAUCUGAGCCUACUGUUUUUCAAUUUAAUAUGUGAUUCUAACAUACUGUGAGACAUAUAAUCUGUAUUUCAAGAAAGAAAUAAUUAAAAUGGUUCUCUCAUGCUUAUGAAUGGUAAAAACUUUCUCUCAAACUUUAAACCCUCUAAAUUCUUGCUUUCUAACUUCUGCAAUAACAGAGGAAGAAUAUGCAACAAUUUAGCAUCAAGCAUAAUUUGUCUACUUCAAAAUAUCUUGGUAGGAGGAAGGAAGUUUGUUAAUUCCUCCACAUCAGAACAAAAUCGUGGAUAUGCUUUUUUAUUUGUAAAAACUUGUCUGUAGAAUAUCUUACUCAUAAACGUCUAGAGUGUAAAAGUCCAAACUUUAAAAGUGAAUUUUCUUACUCUGUGUUAUAUAUCGUUCUGAUCUGUGAUAUUAGUGACGGAUAUUCUGGCUCAUAGCACUAGUGUAGCGGUUUGAUCAAAGGGAAAGAAGAAAAUGUAACUUAAACUAAAAGGGCUGAUUUUAGUCAUAGCUUAAAUAUUUUUGUAGGAUAUCACUGGUUGCGUGCUUUAUUGCACUUUUUUAUUUGUUUUAAGGGAUAAAUUUCUCUUUGUUUGUAUUUAUUUUUAUUUGUACCCUAAAUUUGUUACAGAAGCUCUAAUUUUCAGCAGUUUUUACUUCCAAACUUCAUUUUAAAGGAAGGAUCCAAAUUAUUUCAAUUUUCUUGCUCUAAGAGCCUCCUUUUUAUCAACAUUUUUUCUUUGAAACCCUCUGUAUUGCCCUCUCUCAUUAAAUCAUUAUUUCCUGACAAACAUUUUGAUCGCAUAUUUCCAUUCCUUUCAGGGACGCAGAAAGUUGCCUUCUUAUUUUUUGAGGCAGCCUCCUAUGCCGUCCAUGUAAGACAACGCGCUUCACUAUUUUCCUUGUGUAAAAUAAAAGCGCAUUACACAGUUUUCCUAGGCAAUGGUAAUGUGCCUAUUGUUCAUAGUUUUUUUUCAAAAAAUAUGGAGCGUUUUAUGGUUUCCUUCACAAAAAUUUUUUCCGUCUUCAAAUUUUUCUCCUUUUUUUUGUGCCCUCACACUUCUUCUGCGAUUGGCUGAUCAAGCUCUUUCUGCAUCACUGAUUCCUUUAUUUUCUUGUCUCAAAUCAUGAAAAGGAAAGGAUCAAAGUUAAAAUGUUUGUAGAUACAUUUAAAUCAUCACCAACCCUCUGAAUUUCUCGUAUUUUUCACUUAUUGUGUCGUAUUAUUUUUUCCUUGUUUUGGUCAAAGAGAUUACAUUAAAUUUUAUCCUCCUCCCCGUUUUCUUUAUAUAAGUGUUUAUUUUUUUUUCCUCAAGGUUUCAUUGUCUUUGUAAUAGUCCUUUCACGAAUUGUUCUUCAAUUUAGAAUGUAUACAACUGUGAAACACCUCAAAUAUUACAAGUGUUUUUAAUUUUUUUAACACGAUGGAAGAAGACAUACUUUUAGUCAAAAAUUUUCUCUUAAUUACACGCUUUGACUCAAUACAGUGGUCAAGGAUCAACCAUACCCUGAAUUUUAUGUAAUGAACGAACAAUGUAAGAAUAUAUCUUUGAUCUCAGUCUUAAUGUUAAUUUUUAUGCAGAACAAGAUAUCUCAUAACUUUUUACAGCUUUGUCGGCUAGAGAGACAUUACUGUUUUACCGUCAAAAUUGUAACUUCUUUCAUUAUUUUUUCUUUUUCUUGAGUUAUAUGGUUGUAUACCAUCUCUCCUUCUUCUUUCUUCUCUGGUAUAAAUAUUUAUGUCAUUUUUGUUGAAUUCUGCAAUGUUAACGUAAAUCAGCUGCUUUUUUUAUUUUCACUUUUUGUGUUGCAAAAUGUAACAACGUUUUGUGUCGCAAAAUGAAUGAACGUUUUGUGUCGCAAAAUGUAACAACAGAUCAAUUAAGGGACCCUGCCUUAUCUUAGCUUUGAAUAUUUGUAUCAAGUUCGACCAGAACUGAGUUGUCCCAUUAUCUGCUGUUUAAGAUUUAAGAGAAGAAUGUUAUAAUUCAGUAAAAAUCAGCGUUCUAAGUUAUUAUGAAAUUUUUUUAGACUCAUAAGUUCUGAAUAUAUUUUUGCUCAUGAAGUACAUAAUACCAUUCAAGUCGAAUUCUGAAUAUCUCACAUCAGAAUGAAAAACAUGUCCUAUAUUUCAAUUCUGAGUGAGAAAGAGGUGAUAGGAAAUUUUCAUCACUCUUUUUUGUAUUUCACGCAACCAAAAGGCAUACUCUUGUCUGGUUUUUAAUAAGAGCAUCACUAUAACUAACCUGUAUUUACCAAAAAUGCCAUGCAGGUAGUAUAGGUUAUCGUCAUUUUGUUCUGUGAUGGAUAUUUCUUUUUCAUUCAACUAGAAGUAAUCAUUUCUGCUAAGCAAUGUUUUAACUUUUAUUCGAGGAACAACACUUUCAUUAAGGCUCGAUUAGAAGGAAGCAGGUUCAAGUCAUCUGACCAGACAACCUUAGCCACCUUUUUUUACUGAAUGAAGCUUUAACCUGAAUUUUACUCGAGUUCAAAAUAGCUGGCAUAUCGACAGUGAAACUGCGGAAAUUUGCGUAUACUUCCUUUCAUACUUUAUUUUCUACAUUGAAAACUCCUGAACAUCAUUUUUUGAAAACUGCAGUGAUUUUUCUCUCAUAUGUGAAAAAUAUUUGGUAAAAAUUGCAAGCCGUGAUGAUAGUUCGGUCUCCUCUUGGAAUUUAAAAUAGGAGCAGAGAUUUUGAACCGCAAAUGAGAUAUUCAUUUGUAGUUUCACUGUCAAUUCGUGACUGGAUAUGUAUUUUAGAUUUUAAAUGGAGGCAAAUUCGAUGUCUUUCAUUUAAAUCCAGGCUUUUCCUGCCACAGUGAAAGAACUCCCAUUAUAAAAUCUGGAGUCUAAGUCCGUUUCUAGAAAACGUACGAAAAAAUUCUCAUCACAUUAAUAGGUGUCUAGAAAAAUCUUCAAGAGAAAUCCUAAAGGCGAACUUUAAUUCAAACUUUGUCCUCUGGUCAUUUUCAGCCACUAAAGUAAGCCUUAAUUUAUAAACACUGAAGCUACUUGUGAUAGUAUUUUAAGUAAUAUUAGGGGAAGUAUUUCUAGAGGUUAAGGGCUGUCUUCGUUUUUAAUCCCCUCUAUUAGCAUCAAUAUUUUGUUUGUUUCACUAUUUAUUUUUUCAAACUUGCUCUGUUUUAUUGUUGUUUAUCGAAUUACGUUGUAACGUAGUUUGACUGUUUCUUUGGCCUUGUAAAUAAAUCAAAAUUUUACACAUA